GAAGGAGGCGGGUCCUCGGGCUGAGGCCUAGCUCAGGGUGGAGCCUCGUGCUGUAGUAGGCGGCUCCCCGGCUUUCCCCGCCUGUUGGUGGGCGGCUCCCCGGGCUGUCAGUGCCAGGUGCCCGGCCCGGGAUGGCGGUGUGUGCCCGGCUGUGUGGGGUGGGCCAGUCCGGGGGCUGCCGGCGGAGGGGGCUGGAGGACGGGGAGGAGGACGAGGUGAGGAUCGAGGCCGGGGCGGUGCCGGCUCAGAGUGGCCCCCGGGGGCCCCGCACGCUCCUCCAGCUCCCACCCGAGAUCCUGGUGGAGAUCUUCUCAUCCCUGCCCGGCCCCGAGCUGCCCAGCCUGGCCCAGGUCUGCAGGAAGUUCCGCCAGAUCCUGAACACGGACACCAUCUGGAAAAGGCGCUGCAAGCAGGAGUACGGAGUCUGUGAAAAUCUCCGCAAGUUGGAAGUCACUGGUGUGUCAUGCAGAGAUGUCUACGUCAAACGUAUAAACCCACGGGUGAAGUCGGGGCGGUUUAUGAAAAUCCUUCCCGACUACGAACAUAUGGAAUACAGAGACGUGUACACCUGUUUACUGCAUCAAUACCGCCAUAUCCUGGGACUGUGGCAGCCUGAUAUCGGCCCGUAUGGAGGACUCCUGAAUGUGGUGGUAGAUGGAUUGUUUAUCAUUGGAUGGAUGUACCUGACCCCACAUGACCCCCAUGUCGAUGAACCAAUGAGAUUAAAGCCUGUCUUUAGGAUCCAUUUGAUGGAGAGGAAGUCUGCAACAGUAGAAUGCAUGUAUGGACAUAAAGGACCUCACAAUGGGCAGAUCCAGAUUGUGAAAAAGGAUGAAUUCUGUACAAAGUGCCUGCAAACAGAUUACCAUCGGAUGUCUGGAGGAAGACAAGAGGAAUUUCGGACCUGGCUGAGAGAAGACUUGGGACGGACCCUGGAGGACAUUUUCCAUGAGCAUAUGCAGGAACUAAUCCUGAUGAAGUUUAUCUACAUCUGCCAAUAUGACAACUGCCUUACUUACCGCCGUAUAUAUCACCCACUUAGUCAGCCUGAUGAUCUUUUGUGUCCAGGAUUUUUUAAGGGGACGUACGGAAGCCAUGGACUGGAGAUAGUCAUGCUGAGUUUCCACGGGACGUUGGCAAAGGUGACAAAAAUAACGGGAGAUCCGAAUGUCCCUGCCUGUCAGCAGACCCUGGAAAUCGAUCUGACGCGACCAGUUCAGCUCCCCGAUGUUGAGCAUCUGCGGAAUUUUGAUGAGAUGUCCCGUCUCGUACUUGACGUACAGGCGCAGAUACACAGAGAGCAGCGGCUGACUGGCAGUGAUGAGGAAGAUGGCAGGGAGGUAGCUGCUGUCCGUGGAGAGCCUGGUCGGCCGCUCUUACCUGUCAAGAGGCCCGAAGACAAAGAUGCAAACAAAGUGGGUGCAGAGGAGAAUGAUGAACAGGAGGCCCCAGCCCACUCCUUUGUCCUUCCUGAUGGGGUGACGGCAAGAAGUGAAGAGUACCCCCGUAGCUGUAAGAUGUGCUUUUAUGGCACAGGGCUCAUCGCUGGCCACGGAUUCAGUAGUCCAGAACGGACGCCAGGCCUGUUUAUUCUCUUUGAUGAGGACCGAUUUGGAUUUAUAUGGCUAGAGCUGAAAUCUUUUAGCCUGUACAGUCGAAUGAGGGAUAAAUUCCAGAGAGCAGAUGCCCCAUCUCAAGAAGCUUUUGACGAAAUGCUCCAGAAUAUGCAGUCAUGGACAACAUGAAGGUGCCGACAGGAACACAAAACACAGGGCAAAGAGAGAAAAAAAUCACUUUUUGUGAUCAAAGAAACGAUAUUCCAACCUUGGUACCUCGAAAAAUCAAUGCAUGCACUUUCCACGCAGUCAUUUUUAACCCUUUCUAUGCCAGAGGGGCCUGCAGAGCAACAAGAGUUAAACUGCUUUUACCAAUGUUGCUUAAAUAACUUUAACAUGUGUAUAUAGCAAGCCUCACACUGUAAUAAUGUAUAAAUCUAUAAAUAUAAUUGUAUGGCUUCCUAAUGAUCCCAAGGCUGUGAGUGACAGGUCCUAUUUUUGUAAACUUCCUUAGUAAAUAGGAAAACUGCUGCUAACCUUCGGCAUAUUUUCGAUACUGAAAUCGGGAUGGAUCAUUACAGCAUCUCAAUGACCUUGUGGGGGCCGGCAACAUUGUGUCUGUUAGAUAUUGUGUGAUUCUAUAUUGGUUCCAGAAGCGAAAACAGAAUUAUGUAGGUUGUGAUCAUUAUUUCUUUU